AUGGGCGAGGAGCAGAGCACGGUGAGCGGCGCCGGCGGGCCCCUGGAGGCGCGGACCCCCGCUGGCGGCGCCGCGGGCCCCCCGGAGACCCCGAGGCCGCCGGGGCACAGCGCCGGGGCGCCCGGGCCGCGCGCCGCCUCCGCCGAGCCGAGCGGCGGCGGCUGCGGAAGCGACUCCGGCUGCGCGGACGCCGGAGCCCCAGAGCCCGCGGGGAGCCGGGGGUCCCCGAGCUGGAGCAAGAGCCGGGCACCCGGGCAGCCCGCGGGACUCGCCCUCCCCGGGCCCCUCAACCCCCAGGCUUUGCAAAAGCAGCUGGCCGAGGAGGAGGAGGAAACGGGGGAGCGAAACGAGAGCGGGGAUGAACAGCAGGAGGCGCCCCCCGGCGAGGAGCUUGAGCCCCCGACCCGUGUCCGCGUCGGGGCCCCCGACGGACUGGUCUUGGACGUGCUGGGCCCGCGGCGCCCGCCCCCGGCCAAGAGACAAGUGUUCUGCUCCGUGUUCUGCGUGGAGAACGACCUGUCCGAGGUCCCCUCGGCGGAGCGGCUCUCGCUGCCCGCGUCGCCACCUCGGGCUCCGCCGGUGACCAACCCUCCCAGCACCCCCUCCUCCUUCCCCAGCCCCCAGCUGUCGCUCCCAGCGGACCCCUUGUCCCCCGACGGCGGCAGUAUCGAGCUGGAGUUCUACCUGGCGCCGGAGCCGUUCUCCGUGCCCAGCCUGCUGGGAGCCCCACCCUACUCCGACCUGGGUGGGGUCGGGGAUCCCUAUGCGCCCCUCAUGGUGCUGAUGUGCCGGGUGUGCCUGGAAGACAAGCCCAUCAAGCCCCUGCCCUGCUGCAAGAAGGCCGUGUGCGAGGAGUGCCUCAGAGUCUACCUGAGCUCCCAGGUACAGCUUGGCCAAGUGGAAAUCAAAUGCCCUAUCACUGAGUGCUUUGAAUUCCUGGAAGAAACGAUGGUUGUCUAUAACCUGACACAUGAAGACUCCAUCAAAUACAAGUACUUCUUGGAACUUGGCCGUAUUGAUGCCAGCACCAAGCCAUGUCCUCAGUGCAAGCACUUUACAACCUUCAAGAAAAAAGGACAUAUUCCCACCCCUUCCAGAUCAGAAAGCAAAUACAAAAUCCAGUGCCCCACUUGCCAAUUCGUCUGGUGUUUUAAGUGCCACUCUCCUUGGCAUGAAGGUGUUAACUGCAAGGAGUACAAAAAAGGAGACAAACUGUUGCGUCACUGGGCCAGCGAAAUUGAGCAUGGGCAGCGGAAUGCCCAGAAGUGUCCAAAGUGCAAGAUCCACAUCCAGAGAACUGAAGGGUGUGACCAUAUGACCUGUUCCCAGUGUAACACUAAUUUUUGUUAUCGCUGUGGGGAGAGAUACCGCCAGCUCCGUUUCUUUGGAGACCACACCUCAAACCUCAGUAUAUUUGGAUGCAAAUACCGCUACCUCCCGGAGAGACCUCACCUAAGGAGAUUAGUGCGAGGGUCAGUCUGUGCUGGAAAAUUGUUCGUUGCACCUCUAAUUCUGGUCUUGGGAUUAGCACUAGGGGCCAUAGCAGUUGUCAUCGGUUUAUUUGUAUUUCCUAUCUAUUGCCUUUGUAAAAAACAGAGAAAACGAUCACGGACAGGAAUGCACUGGUAAAUUCAGGUGAGGUCACGUGAUAGCGCUGGUCUGGGUAAGAACCGCACAGGAUGAUACACGCGUCAGAGGGCUGCACCUUGCGACCGCCUGGAGGAACCUCCUGCCUCCUCUUCCCCGUGUUCUCUGCAGGCCACAAAGCCUCUAGCUCCAGUGCAUUCCCAACAUGGAAUCCUGUCCUUUCCGUAUACAGAUUGCUGCUUUUACGAAACGGUCACUUUCAUAGACUAAAAACAUCUAUAUCAUAGACUCUUCAUGGUUCUUGGAAGACAAUACUUUAAUUAGAACCAGUUAUCCUCAAAACUGUCUGAGCAUGUGUCUCCUGAGCAUUGCUUAGACUGUCUUUGUCCCUGACUCUCCCUCCAGGCCUUCUUCUGAGACUUGGGGUGAAUAACUCAAGUGCCACCUGCACACCAAGCAAGGCCACCUUUCAGAAGAUGGAGGCUUACCACGUGCACCUGUUUUCAUCUGUGUCCCAAGCAUAUAAUUCCUUCCUCCUCCAGAUGCUCUAAUUGUUACAAAUCUCAAUGCCCGAAAAGGAACUAAUGAAACUAAAUGAGAAGACUCUGAAGUGUAUACGUGUAGGGGUGUGAAUGUGUGUGUAUAUACAUAUCUGUAUUAAAACUAGGUCCAUACCUU